AUGAUGUAUCUCACUCUUGUCACUGGAAUCAUAACUUCAAACAACAGUGCGAAGCUUUUCUCCUUGGCGCUGAACAUGCGAACCGAUCAAGUGGAUCGAGAACCACAUAAGUUCUUCAUGCGCACUCAUCCAGACACCAGCGACCGGUCCAGAUGGCUUGAGACUUCGAAGGACACACCACAUCGAAAAAUUUCCUCUAAUUCUAUGGCUAACACAUUAUCGCGGCUCACUAGUCGGUUAACGAUUAAUCCGUCCAUUCGCUGGACUCCUGCCAGCAAGAUUAACCACGACACAGUAGAGGGACGAAUUGAGUUUUACAAUCAGGUAUGCCACAAAUUGCUCAAAAAAUCUAAGCCAGCGUGGCGAUGA